GAUUGGCGAGACAAAUUUUUUUUUGUUUCCAUGUUUUUAUGGAACCGAAAAACAAAUGACUGACCUCAAAAAACACUUGAGGCGUACUACGUAACCCUUCCUUAUUCGAAUUCUUUCUUCUCUUUCAUUACAGGGCGCCAUCUACGACUGAAACGAAUGUAAUAAGAGCUGGAACUGUCUUCGAUGAGAAUUAAUCUGUUUCAGGAUACGGGCCAAGAGCGCACGUUCCUUCUUAUUUCUUCCCUAGGCACACUUAGCACGCCGCACUCGGGCUUCCCUUUAAAAUAAUUUAUUUUCCAUUAAAAGUCUUGUACCAAAAAAAAAGCUUUAUUAGUAACAUUGUUCGUGAAAUAUUUCCAUUAGGGGAACUAUACUUCUGUCAUUUUAAUUAAAUGCGUUUACUUUGGUUUGGGUUAGUUGUGCUUGUCCAACUGCCGAAUUUAAUAACAGCAGCUUGUGAUGGAAAACAAUUUGCGUGCAAAAACGGACACGGGUGUGUGGCUACUAGUCAACAUUGUGACCACGUGAUCGACUGCGAUGACGGAUCCGAUGAGUUAGAUUGCAGUUAUCCUUGUCGGAGUGCUCACAUGAAACCUUGUAGGGAUGGCCAUUGUAUUGCCAUGUACUUCUUUUGUGAUAGGGACAAUGACUGUGGAGAUUGGUCUGAUGAGCUCAAUUGCACAGGCCUGUUACCUGGUUCGACAAUGAAUUGCCCAUCAAACACAUUCCACUGUGAGGGGCAGGUAUGCAUACCCCAAAACUGGGUCUGUGACGGCAUGGAGGAUUGUUCUGAUGCAAGAGAUGAACUUCACUGCAACACAACAAUAGAGUGCAAAAGUGGAUUUCAGUGUGGAAAGGAAUGUAUAUUGAACCAGUGGGUGUGUGAUGGUGUAGCAGAUUGUGUAGAUGGAUCUGAUGAAAAAGAAUGUGGUCCUGAUGCCUACAUGAAUCACAGCUGCCUACCUGAGCAUGGUUGGUUCAGCUGUCUCAGUAAAGGUAGUAAGAAGUGUAUGCCCAUUAGCCGUGCUUGCGACGGCUAUGUCGAUUGCGAUGACGGGACUGAUGAAGGGGGACAGUGCAAUUCUACAUCUAAUUGUUCAAACAACACGCGUUGCCCGAAUGAGUGUCACAAGACUCCUCGUGGCCCUAUCUGCUCAUGCCCUCAGGGUUUUCAACUCAAUGGAACAUCUUGCGUUGAUAUCGACGAAUGUUCGAUUGAUCCACCCAUGUGCAGCCAGAAAUGCUCGAACAGCAGAGGUGGUUUUGAAUGUUCUUGUGUCGCUGGUUACACUCCUGGAACCCGAGAUAAGAAGAGUUGCGUAGCAAAUGGACCUGAGCCGAUGCUGGUUAUCACUACUGAUCGGGAUAUUCGCUACAUUUCAUUGCCUUCAAGGGAGUAUGGGCUUGUUCAGUCGGGUAUUUCUCAAGCGCAUGGCGUCGCUGGUGAUUUCGAGGAUGGCUUCGUCUACUGGAACGAGAAGAGCAAAGACAAGGCGGGCAUUUACAAAUCCAUGCUGGACGGAUCGGCUUACCAGUAUGUGGUUUCAGUUGGCGUAGAAAUGGUGGAAGAUUUGGCCAUCGAUUGGGUCGGAAGUCACGUUUACUUUGCUGAUUCCGGUCGAAAACACAUCGUUGUCUGCGAUCUUCACGGUAAAAUUUGCACCGUAGUCAUCAGUGGACAACUGGACAAGCCGCGUGCCGUGGCAGUAUAUCCAGAGGAAGGUCUUCUCUUUUGGUCUGAUUGGGGCUCUCAUCCGCACAUCGGCUCUGCUGGCAUGGAUGGAUCGAAGCGGAAGAAUAUCAUUACCACUGACAUUGUGUGGCCAAACGGCUUAGUCGUAGAUGAAACUAUCCAACGUAUAUUCUGGGGUGAUGCCAAACUUAAUCGGAUCGAAAGCUCGCGCCUUGAUGGUUCAGAUCGUAAAAUUCUUCCUGUUAAAGUCACACACCCUUACGCCCUUGACAUAUUCGAAAACACCAUCUUUUGGUGUGACCCUCUCGAGCACGAAGUCCUCUCCGUGGAUAAAUUUACUGGCAAGGAUUACAAGGUUUUGAUCAAAGAAACCUCUUUCACCCCAACUGGUAUUCACGUUCAUCAUCCAUCGAAGCAAAAUCUUCUCGCCAAUCCUUGCAGGAACAUCAUCUGCAGCCAUCUUUGUUUGCUCUCACCUUCAGUUCAAGGCUUUAGAUGCGCUUGCCCAGUAGGAAUGGUUUUGAACAAAGACAACCGUACUUGCGAUUCGAUCUCUUCACAGGAAUCUUCCAUUGUCAUCGCAACAUUUACUGACAUUUUUCGAUUGACUCACCAUCAGAUCGGCAAGGAUUCCAUCACCCGUCUGCCUACGCGUAACGUAGAGAACAUUGGGGCCCUGGCCUUCAACCCGUUAGGUCAUUCGAUCGUCUACAGUGACACGAGUCAAAGGACCAUUUACUCCAUGCAUUUGGAAACAUAUCGGCAAGAGGUCCUUUUCGAAAAUGCUGAUAUGGUUGAAGGAUUGGACGUCGACCCAUUCACGGAGAAUAUUUACUGGACGGAAGUAACUCGAGGCACUGUCUCGAUUGGUCAUAAGAAUCACAAUGGCGUCUACGAACGAUUGGUCUUGGCACGAGAUCUCCACAGCCCUAAAGGUAUCACCAUUGCAUCUGAAUUCGGUUUGAUGUUCAUCGUUGAAGGACGCAUCAGCCACGUCAUCAGUGUUUGGCAUAUGGACGGUAGUUCUCGGCAGAAACUGGUUCGAGUUUACGGCACGAUUUCGGCGAUGGCUUUCGAUGGCAAACAUCUCUACUUCAGCGACUCUCUUCGUGGAACAAUUGAACGCAUCGAAGUCGACGGUCAAAACCGAACCAUUCUCCGCUCUCAUCUUGGAACCCCGGUUGCGAUGGACGCCAGUACCGAUUCUGUUUUCUGGUUGACGCAGUUCUCUACUCGCAUCAGCUGGCUUAACAAGCAAGAACCGAAAACGAUGCGUGGAUUCGUCAUUGAUGCUGCCGACGAUAUUUCUGUCCAGUACCGCCUGAUGUCCGUCGUAGAUCAAUUCGAUUUUAGCCACGAACAUGUUUGUCUGGGUCAUUCUGGAAGUUGCAGCGAUAUUUGUGCACCGACGCCGAGUGGAGCCACUUGCUUGUGCCCAUUGGGUAAAGCAUUGGGAGAAGAUCAGCAUAUCUGCAAUUCAGUCAACUGUGUUGGCGACCAAUGGUUUAAAUGUCAAUCCGAAUGUAUUCCUGCCAAAUAUCGAUGUGAUGGAGUUAACGAUUGUCGUCUCGGUGAAGAUGAAUUGCAGUGCCGCAAUGCCACAACGGAAGUCGGAUGCAGCAGUACUCAAUUUCAGUGCAAGAAUGGUGGGUGUGUCUCUAUGCAUUUCUACUGUGAUGGAGAUGCUGAUUGUCAAGAUCGUUCUGAUGAACCUGAAACCUGCCCUCCUUACGAAUGUUUAUUGGACAGCGAAUACGCCUGUCCUAAUCAACAUCACUGUAUUCCACGUUCUGCCAUGUGUGAUGGACAACCGGAUUGUAUAGACAAAUCGGAUGAAGCUAAUUGCACCAGCACUCAUUCGAUGUGUUCGGCAACCCAGUUUUAUUGCCAGCAGAGUCGACUUUGCAUUCCCUUAACUUGGGUUUGUGAUAGAGACCCGGAUUGUGAACACGGCGAAGAUGAAGAGACCAAUUUCUGCGCUAAUGCUAAUCGGAAACCGAUGUGUCCAAUCAACUAUCUUCGUUGCCCUCAACGUCCUGAUUGUAUGCCCAGAAUGGCCCUCUGCAACAGUAUUGCUGAAUGCGAACAUGGCACAGAUGAGGAACUUUGUGCUAAGCUGAACGAGUCCGCCACUGAGAAAAUUAAAGAACCAGAGAUAGAAUGCUCGUCAAAUCAAUACAGCUGCUUCUUGGGUUCAAAUGAAUGCAUCCCCAUGUCAUCAAGAUGCGAUUGUGCAUUUGAUUGCAAGUUUGGCGAAGAUGAAGAAGGCUGCGAAAAUCAACCAUUGUCAUGCAAGAAGGAUCUUUUCAGGUGCCCGAAUGAGAUGCGUUACAUCAACAGUUCGUGGGUUUGCGAUGGUCUGUCAGAUUGUUCCAACAGCGCCGAUGAAGAACCGUCUCUUUGUCUUACAAACACAUCCACUUCAACUGAUAAAUCUAGCCUUCCUGUUAGGGAUCCUGAUUUCUAUUUGUGUUCAGAAGAUGAGUUUCAGUGUAUCGAUGGUCAGUGUAUACCAGAAAGCCUGGUUUGCGAUGGCGAACGCCAAUGCCCCGAUGGCACUGACGAAGGAUCUGGUUGCACUCAUUCAUGUCAGAACAAUGGUCAUUGCCCACAGAUUUGCAUUCCUGGUCCAAGAGAACCAACAUGCCAGUGUGAGGUGGGUUAUGAAUCGCUUAACAAGGGCCAUCAGUGCGUUGAUGUCGACGAGUGUGCAUCUGAGAAUAAGUGCUCCCAAUACUGCAACAACACUAAAGGAGGCUAUCGUUGUUCUUGUUCGUCUGGAUAUACUUUGGAACUUGAUCAGCACACGUGUAAAGCUGCCAAUGGUCGCCCAAUGUUGAUUAUUGCAACAAAUCAUCAUGCUGAAAUUCUACUCAACAGUGAUGGUGCUUCUAGUCGUCUGCUAGUCCAAUCAACCCCCGCCAUGAAGGGUAUUGCUUACCAUGACAAGCUCUCAUCAUUUUAUUGGAUCACUGCCGAGGGUGUUAGCAGAAGUAACAAUGGCGGACAGUCACUUAUCUACAGAAUCAAGGAUCUUUUGCCAAGCGGAAUAGCUCUGGAUAAAACCACUGGAAAUAUUUACUACAGCGCUGUGAAGAAUGUAACCCGAAAUGGUCAAGAUCAAUCCGUUAUUAGGGUCAUUGCUAAAUCGCUGGAGGCUGACGUGAAUAUCAUUACCACCCAGUCAAUCAUCACCGACAUUGCCCUGGAUAGUUUGAAGGGUUUAUUGUUUUGGUCAGAGCAUACGAAACCUUCCAUUGGGCGUAUCGUACGUGCUACUAUGGACGGGCGAUCUACAAUGUGGCUUUACUCUAUCGACAAGAUUAUGUAUCCUACCGCAAUCACUUUGGAUCAAAUCAAGUCGCGCAUCUACUGGGCUGACAUCACACUUCGUUCGAUUUCCAGUUGUGAUUACAAUGGUAUGAAGCAAAGGCACGAAGUUGCCAUUACAAGUGGGCAGCCGUUGUCACUGACCUUCUUCGAAAAUCGUCUUACCUGGAGUGUCCACGAUCAAGACGUCCUUUACAGUCAGACGAUCAAAGGAAAUUCCAUUUCACAGCAUCAUCUGAAUGAACGAGUCAGUCACAUCAUUACUGUCCAUUCUGUUUUGGAACCAGAGUUGCCGAAUCACUGCGCAUUCUCUCCUUGCAAUAAUGGAAUUUGCGUGCUUAAAAACAGUUCCAGCUUCACGUGCCAUUGUCCGAUUGGUGUCACCGUUGUUUCAUCCAAUCCGUUCAAGUGUUCCGGUAAAUCUCCUGAAGUGGUCACUGUCGUGCCGAGCACCGAAGCUGGGCUCAAUCCGGAUUAUACUGAAUCUCCAUCCAGCCCCGGUGUAACAGUCGCUUCGAUUCUCAUCUGCCUCACUGUGUUGACCAUCUUGGCUGUUUUGGGCUGGAUUUAUUACCGUAGAUGGCGUCGCACGAUUGGAUCACCUCUUAAGUUUCGUUUCCGCAAUGCUCUGGGAUUGACUGAGGAAAGCACGGCUUGGGAAGAAAGUGUGGAUUAUGGCGACCGUAAGAGGUUGUUUAUCAAGUCGGAUGACCCAGAUGACAAUGGAUGUGGACCACAGGUGAUGGUUGAUCAGAAUGAUAACCGAACAACCGCAUCGGGAGUUCCCAAUCGACCUCCUGUAAAUUCUAGUUACUCAAGCCUUCCAUCCAUGCAGCCAUCUCUGGUUAAGAGCCAUCCGGUGGAAGAGCAUCAACCGCAACAGCUUUUACCCGCAUCGUAUUCAAUGAAGGAUCAGCUUUUAGCCAGCGAGUUGUGA